CCUCACCUGAGCAGGUGACGAGCUGCAGGUGCUGAGGGCAACACCUCUCCGCCGCAGGGCAUCGCCACCUUUCUGUCCCGUUUUUACAAACCACACUUCUGGGUUGUGUUGUGACCAAAGUGCCCUCCGCUGCUCGGGGUGCUGCAUCCCUCCUCACACCGGCAUCGACCAGGUUCCCUGAGACAUGUCACCGGCGAUCUGCUGCACUUUGGUCAACUGUAACUGCGACAGCUUCAAGCCGGGGAAGCUGAAGAGGAGACAGUGUGAGAACUGCAAGCAUGGCUGGGUCGCUCACGCCCUGAGUAAGCUGAAGGUGCACCACAUGUACCAGAGCAGCCAGGUGGAGAUCGUGCACUCCAACGUGGUGUUUGACAUCUGCAGCCUGAUGCUGUACGGCACGCAGGCGAUCCCCGUGCGCCUCAAGAUCCUGCUGGACCGCCUCUUCUCCGUCCUGAAGCAGGAGGAGGUCAUCCAGAUCCUCAACGCCCUCGACUGGACGCUGCAGGACUACAUACGAGGCUACGUGCUGCAGGAUGUGGCCGGGAAGGUGCUGGACCGCUGGGCCAUCAUGACGUUCGAGGAGGAGAUCGCCACGCUGCAGCAGUUCCUGCGCUUCGGCGAGACCAAGUCCAUCGUGGAGCUGAUGGCCCUGCAGGACAAGGAGGGCCAGGCCGUGCUGGUGCCCAGCACCCGCACCAACUCCGACAUCCGCACCUUCAUCGAGCGCAGCACCCCGCGCGCCGCCGCCGGCCUCUCCGCGCCCAAAGUGGAGAAGCUGAGCGGCAGCAACGUGCACCACUUUGAGAACUUCAUCAACAGCAUGGCCUUCAUGCUGCCCUUCCAGCUGCUGGGCUCCGUCCCCGCGCCGCUCCUGGGCUCGCCGCCCGGCGUGCUGCAGCAGCACCAGCAGCACCAGCAGCCGGGCCACGGGCCGAUGGAGCCGAACCAGAGACGAGACGAUCAGGGUCACGGGAGGGACAACCCCCUCUCUCUGCCUCACCCUCCCACAGAAAGCAGCCUGCUGGGGUCUAGCUCCGCCUCCUUCACCUCUGACCUGGAUCGAGGUGGAGACAACCCGAUGGACGGCCUCUCCGCCACCACUAAGAUGGAGGUCGACGACUUCCCCACCAGCGACAACUACUCGGACGGGCCCUCCACCCCGUGCACGCCCUCCAUGAGCUCCGAGGUCACGCAGAUGUCACCUGAGAGCAAGCUGCGCUCGCUGGACAGGAACGGGGGAAGCGGUGGGGGGUUGGCAGGAGGCGGAGGAGGAGGUGGAGGAGGAGGAAGCGGCAGCUCUCUGAAGAAGGGGCGUGUGUUCUGCAGCGCCUGUGAGAAGACCUUCUACGACAAAGGCACGCUGAAAAUCCACUACAACGCCGUGCAUCUGAAAAUCAAGCACAAGUGCACCAUCGAGGGCUGCAACAUGGUGUUCAGCUCGCUGCGCAGCCGCAACCGCCACAGUGCCAACCCCAACCCGCGACUGCACAUGCCCAUGAACCGCAACAACCGGGACAAAGACCUGCGCAGCAGCCUGUCUGCGGACGAGGGCUCGGAGCCAGACAAGAGAUCUGAGUACAGCUCCUCCAUCCCUGUUUCCUCGGCGGAGAGCCACAAGUCGGUGCCGAGCUACAUGGUGAGUCACGUGGACACCAACUCCAAGCUCCACAGCAGCUCCUUCCCCAGUAUGGGCCAGAGCGGCAUCCUCUUCCCCAACCUGAAGACGGUACAGCCGGUCCUGCCUUUCUACCGCAGCCUGGUUACCCCUGCAGAGCUCGCCAACACCCCCGGAACCCUCCCGUCCCUCCCGCUGCUGUCCUCGUCCGUCCCGCUCAAACCCAACACGGCCCCCGAGCCCUGCACGGCGGACCCCAUACCAAAGAAAAAGUCUCGAAAGUCCAGCAUGCCCAUCAAGAUAGAGAAGGAGGCGGUGGAGAGAGACGACGGGAUGGAUAAGGGGAGCAGCUCUGAGGAUGAGGCGCCGUUGCAGGGCAGGGACCGGGAUGAGUGUUACAGUAAACGAGGAGGAGGAGGAGGAGGAGGAGGGAAUAUGUAUGCAAAACAAGCCGGUGAGGAGAAGGACAUGGAGAAGGACGAGAGGGGAGUCUACAUCAGCGGAGAGGGGGGUGCCAAGCAUUUUUUGGACCAAAGUUCAGAACGAGAAGAGAUGGAGGGAAAGGAGAACGACGAGGCGCUGCGGCAAGUCGAAACAGGGGUGAUCACCCGCAUGUCCCCCCCCUUCGACGGCAAACUGAGAGAGAACCACCGCGAGAACCACCCCCUGUGCCGGGACGCCGACGACAACGAACACAGGGACGACAAGGAGCGCGUGAACUCGCUGCACGCCGUCGACAAGCUCUGCGACCUGGGAUGGGAGGAGGGCGAGCACAAGGUGACCAACGGGGGCGCUCUCCAGCUGUCGGACCGCGAGAGGGAGGAGCCCGACGCCUGUUUGGACAACUGCGCCGACUCGGGGUUGUCUCACCUGGACGCCGACGCCAACCUGCCGCACCACUGUGAGAUCUGCAGCAAGACCUUCAAGAACCCCUACAGCGUCAAGAUGCACUACCGGAACGUCCACCUGAAGGAGAUGCACAUGUGCACGGUGGACGGCUGCAACGCCGCUUUCCCCUCCCGCCGGAGCCGAGACAGGCACAGCGCAAAUUUGAACCUGCACCACAAGCUGCUGACCAAAGACACGUUCGGCCCCGCCAACCCCCUGUACUCCCCCUCCUCCCACUGCAGGGACAGAGACUCAGUCGGCCUGGACUUCUGUCCGGACCCGAGGGACAGAGAGCUGCCGAGCGGCCAGACCUCCGUCAUCUUCAGAGGACACAACCGCAUGGGCCUGGUCUUCCCCAUGAGCAAGAUGUCCGCCGCGCCAGACAUCUCCGACGCGUCUCCCUUAGGAGACCUGGAGCGGGCGGGGGGAGGAGAGGGAGGCGGAGAGGACGGGGCGGUCCUGGACCUGAGCACCUCCUCCUCCGCCCCGGCCCGUGGCAGCGGCAGCGCCCGGUCCUCCUGGGACUCGGACGGAGCCGGCAGCGAGGAAGGGGAAGGCAUGGAGGAGGAGGAGGAGGCGCUCCCCAUGGAGGACAGCGAUGAAAGCUGCGACGGGAUUGGCGUGGGGAGGCCCGGAGGCGAGGAGCUGGUGCUAGGGGGAGAGAGGACCCUGGGCUGCGUCGGGGGAGGGCAGGGCGGGCUUCAGGGCGGCGGGGGCGGCUCUCCGAUAACCUGCCACGUCUGCCAGAAGGUCUACAGCAACAAGGGCACGUUCAGGGCCCAUUACAAGACUGUCCAUCUGCGGCUGCUGCACAAGUGUAAAGUCCCCGGCUGCGACACGUCCUUCUCCUCGGUACGCAGCCGAAACAGACACAGCCAGAACCCCAACCUCCACAGGAACCUAGCCGUUAGCUCCAGCACCAGCCUGGACCAGGAGUAGAACCUGAACUUCAGCUGAUACGCCAACAUGACUGAUUUCCUCCAGUAUACUUGUCUCUGUUUUGUUUUGUUUUUUUCUUCCAAAUAGCACUUUUAAAAAAAAAAAACCCAUACUGUAGUCCAUACUUUUGUCAUUGGGUAAAAACAGGGGCGUAGUGUUUAGCGAGUUUUGAAUUUGGGACAUCAUGAGCUCUUUUGUUGCAGAGGAAAGGGUUUCAUUCCUUUUUUUUUCCAUUUUGGUUUCGGGUGUUUAUCUCACAGCAUCGUCUUUUGGCAUCCUAAAAGAGAUUCUCCCGGCUUAUGAGCAGAUAGUCGGUGAUGAUGCAAAGCGACACACGCAUCCGUCUGUGUUUACACGUCAACAUGUAAAGAACAAUCAGAGGACACGGCUGACCCGAUAUAUUUUGUCGUCCCUUCGGCGUUCACGUCUCCAAAAUGUCACACCUCAGUCUGUCCCGGCCGACGUUUUCAUUCCUAUGCAGUGAGGAUUUGUCUUCAUUGCUUCGCCUUAGAGUCCAGUUGUAAACCUUAAACGUUUAGAGGAGCCGAUUUUUUUUUCCCACGUGUGCUGUCCAGGUGAGAGUUCAGCUCGCAAACUGUAUUUACGUCAGCGAUUUUUCUGGUGUUUUUUUUUUUGUUUGUUUUUUUCUCGUCAAACGUCAAAAUCACGCGUAACGUAUCGAUCAAAAGCAGCGGUCACCUCUAGAUCUGUGUUCUUUUUGUUCAUUUGGACAAUGGUCUGUUUAAAAAAAAAAAAAAAAGAAGAAGAAGAAGAAGAAGAAUCUCUCUGUUGAAAAGCUAUCGUGUUGUGAACUCGAUCAAUAAGUUAUUGUUUGGUGUUAUAUGAUCCACGUGAUUCUGUUCUCCCUGUCUUUGCUGUUCUGGUUGUUGCAUACUGCUAAUGUUGACCAAAGAAUUUUUUUCAGUCUUGAGGUGUGUGUGCGUGUGUGUGUGUGUGUGUGUGUGUGUGUGUGUGUGUGUGUGUGUAGAAAACCCCUCACGCUGUCGGGGGGGGGGGGCAGGCAGUAUUAAAAGAGCCCUCCCAGUCGUCUCUCACUGAAUUCACGACGAGAGUAAAAGCAGUAUUCGGGCGUGGGCUCGGGUUUGAAAAGAGGAACAACUUUUGACUGACCUGGGCGGGGAAGAAAAAUCUAUAUUUCUGUGGUCUUUUUGUAAAAAAAAAAAUAAAUAAAUAACAAGGAAAAAAAAAAGCAGUCAGCUCAUGGGAUUAGACUUGAUUAAGGUGCUGUUCUUGUGGUGUCGUGUGGUUUUCGCCGUCUCCUGACUGACUGGACGGGCGGUGGAGGAUGUGCCGUGUUUGGAGACUAAAAGCAUGUACUGUGAAUGAGUCAAACACUGAGAAAAUAAUAAUAAUACUAAUUAUAAGACCAAAAACAAACAAACAAACAAACAAACAAAACAACAACAGUGAUUUGUAACAAAGGCCCCGCGUAUAAGCACACCCUCAAAAGUAACUGGUAAAUAAAAUGUUUAUUGAAUUGUAUAUUCUGUGAAUAGAGUAAUUUGUUAUCUGAAAGAAACCAAAAAAAAUAUACUGUAUAAAAUAGGCUAAAUUUACCACUUGCAUUCCACAUCAUUAGAGGUGUGUUUUCUUUUUUUUUGUUGUUGUUUGUUUGCUGUUUUUUUUUUUUUUUUUUUUAUGUAGUUUUGUUUUCAGAAACAAUGUCCAAAGUACAUGUGUCCGAUUAUUUCACUCUGGUUUACUGGUCUAGUUUUGGCUCUGUAUUCUGCAUUUUUGUUUUUUUUUUUCAUUCUGUAUUUAAAUACAAUGGGCUAGAUUUAAGAUGCCAUUUGUUUGUUGUUUGGAUUUGUAAAAAAAAAAAAAAAAAAAAAAAAAAAAAAAAAAUGAAAGAAAAAGAAAGAAAGAACAAAAACUAACAUGUUGAUAGGUGUUCACGUUUCCUUUGAUUUAAUGUUACAAUAUUCAUUGCUAUUAAAUAAAAAGCCAUAUCUGUU